UCAUUGUACCCCCUUGUGGUUCUCCCUGUUACUGGUGGAAAAUGGCGGCUCGGUGCGAUUCUCGGCACAAAUAGUAAAAACAUAAAGGCAGGAAAACUGGAGUCAUACAAGGAAAUACUGCAGCGUACUAUAUACAUCAACGAAAAAGUUUUUUCUAACUUGUGAUAAUGUCUCGCUGGGUCCCCACGAAAAAGGAAAAGUACGGUGUCGCUAUCUAUAAUUACGAUGCCAGAGCAGACGAGGAGCUGUCCUUACAGAUUGGAGACACUGUGCACAUACUGGAGACCUAUGAGGGCUGGUACAGAGGACACCUAUUGAGAAGGAAGUCAAAAAAGGGUAUAUUUCCUGCGUGCUACAUUCAUCUUAAGGAGGCAACGGUUGAAGGCAAUGGGCAAAAAGAGACGGUCAUCCCGAACGAGCUCCCCCUCGUCCAGGAGGUCACCGCUACCCUCCGUGAGUGGGCCUCCAUCUGGAGAGACCUGUAUGUGGGGGACAAGCGGGAGAUGUUCAACUCCGUCCGCGACAUGAUCUACGACCUCAUCGAGUGGCGGUCUCAAAUCCUGUCCGGCACCCUCCCGCAGGACGAGCUCACCGAGCUCAAGCAGAAAGUCACCUCCAAAAUAGAUUACGGCAACAAAUAUUUGGAUCAGGACCUGGUGGUGAGAGACAAGGAUGGGAACAUACUGGACCCAGAUCAGACCAGCACCAUCAGCCUCUUCCGAGCCCACGAAGCCGCGUCCAAACAGAUCGAAGACCGAAUCCAAGAGGAAAAGUCCCAGAAGCAAAAUAUCGAUCUGAGUAGGCAAGCCAAGUUCGCCUCGACCCCCUCCUUCGCCCUGUUCGUCACCCUGAAGAACGUGGUGUGUAAAAUCGGGGAGGACGCCGAGGUCCUCAUGUCCCUCUACGACCCCGUCGAGUCCAAGUUCAUCAGUGAAAAUUAUCUGGUGCGGUGGUCCAGUUCAGGGUUGGUGAAAGAUAUAGAUCAACUCCACAACCUGCGAUCAGUUUUCACCGACCUUGGAAGUGAGGACCUGAAGAGGGAGAAGAUCAGCUUUGUUUGUCAGAUUGUGAGGGUGGGGCGCAUGGAACUGCGGGACAAUAACACAAAGAAGCUGACGUCGGGCCUCCGCAGACCGUUUGGAGUCGCGGUAAUGGAUGUCACUGACAUCAUCACCGGCAAAAUGGACGACGAGGACAAGCAGCACUUCAUCCCGUUUCAGCCGCUAGCGCUGGAUGAAGCCAUCCACCACAAGCAGCUGAACAUCUCCCGUUUUUCACCCAGGGUGGCAGGGGAGAAUGACUUCCUACAGACAGUUAUCAACAAAGUCAUCGCCGCAAAAGAAGUCAAUCACAAGGGCCAAGGAUUGUGGGUAACCUUAAAACGUCUACCCGGAGACAUCCAUCAAAUCAGGAAAGACUUCCCUCACCUUGUGGACCGGUCCACGGCUGUGGCCCGGAAAAUGGGCUUUCCCGAAAUCAUCAUGCCAGGUGAUGUCCGGAACGACAUCUAUGUGACUCUGGUUCAGGGGGAGUUUGACAAAGGAAGCAAGACCACCCCGAAGAACGUGGAAGUGACCAUGUCUGUCUACGACGAGGAUGGAAAGAAACUGGAGAAUGUGAUAUUUCCUGGCGCCGGGGAUGAAGGGAUCUUGGAGUAUAAGUCUGUGAUCUACUAUCAGGUGAAACAGCCGCGCUGGUUUGAGACGGUCAAGGUCGCCAUCCCCAUCGAAGACGUCAACCGCAGCCACCUGCGUCUCACGUUCCGCCACAGGUCGUCUCAGGACUCCAAAGACAAAUCGGAGAAGAUAUUCGCCCUGUCGUUCGUGAAGCUGAUGAGGUACGACGGAACGACGCUGAGGGACGGGGAGCACGAUCUGAUCGUUUACAAGGCAGAAGCUAAGAAGCUGGAAGACUCCUCCCACUACCUGAACCUCCCGGCCACCAAGCUGGAGCUGGAGGAAAAGGGCUACUCCGUCACGGGCAAGAGCAUGCAGAACCUGGCCAGCUGCACCAUCACCAAGGACUCCUUCCAGAUCUCCACCCUGGUGUGCUCCACCAAGCUCACCCAGAACGUGGACCUGCUCGGACUGCUGAAGUGGCGCUCCAACACCAGCCUGCUGCAGCAGAACCUCAGGCAGCUGAUGAAGGUUGACGGCGGAGAGGUGGUGAAGUUUCUGCAAGAUACCCUCGAUGCGCUCUUUAACAUCAUGAUGGAGAACUCAGACAGUGACACGUUCGACACCCUUGUGUUUGAUGCACUGGUGUUCAUAAUUGGACUCAUCGCCGACAGGAAGUUUCAGCACUUCAAUCCCGUCCUUGAAACCUACAUUCGGAAGCAUUUCAGCGCCACCUUGGCUUACUUGAAGCUGACUAAAGUGCUGAAGAACUAUGUGGACAAUGCAGAGAAGCUGACUGAUUCGCUCUUGAAAGCCAUGAAGGCUCUGGAGUACAUCUUUAAGUUCAUAGUCCGGUCCAGGGUGCUGUUCAACCAGCUGUACGAGAACAAGGGAGAGGCCGACUUCAUGGAAUCCUUGAGGAGCCUCUUUACCUCCUUCAACGACAUGAUGAACAGCCACUCAGAUGGCACCAGUGGGGUGAAGCUCCUCUUGAAGGGUGCAGCACUGAAAUACGUCCCCACUAUCGUCAAUGAUGUCAAACUGGUCUUCGAUCCAAAGGAGCUCAGUAAACUCUUCACGGAAUUCAUCCUCAAAGUUCCGCUGGGGCGUCUGGUGAAGCAGAAGCUGAACUGCAUGAUCGACAUCGUUCACAGUGACCUCUUCACCCAGCACGACUGCAGAGAGAUCCUGCUGCCGCUGAUGACCGAUCAGCUGAAGUUUCACCUGGAGAAGCAGGAGGAGCUGGAGGCCUGCUGUCAGCUGCUCAGCAACAUCCUGGAAGUGCUGUACAGGAAGGACGUGGGCCCCACGCAGUGGCACGUGCAGAUCAUCAUGGAGAAGCUGCUGAGGACCGUGAACCGCACGGUCAUCUCCAUGGGCCGCGACUCCAAGCUCAUCGGCAGCUUCGUCGCCAGCAUGACAGCCACCCUGAGACAGAUGGAGGAGUACCACUACGCCCACUUGAUCAACACCUUCGGCAAGAUGAGAUCGGACGUGGUGGAUUUUCUGAUGGAAACAUUUAUCAUGUUCAAGGACCUCAUUGGGAAGAACGUCUACCCCGGCGACUGGGUCAUAAUGAACAUGAUGCAGAAUAAAGUCUUUUUGCGAGCGAUUAAUCAGUAUGCUGCUGUGCUGAACAAGAAGUUCCUCGAUCAAGCCAACUUCGAACUUCAACUGUGGAACAACUACUUCCACCUAGCCGUGGCGUACCUCACCCAGGAAUCCCUCCAGCUGGAGAACUUCUCCAGCGACAAGCGCGCCAAGAUCUUCCACAAGUACCAGGAUAUGAGGAGGCAGAUUGGGUUUGAAAUUCGAGACAUGUGGUACAAUUUAGGUCCUCACAAGAUCAAGUUCAUCCCUGAGAUGGUGGGUCCGAUCCUGGAGAUGACGCUGGUCCCGGAGAUCGAGCUGCGGAAGGCCACCAUCCCCAUCUUCUUUGACAUGAUGCAGUGCGAGUUCCACUUCACCCGGAGCUUCCAAAGGUUUGAGAACGAGAUCAUCACCAAGCUGGACCACGAGGUGGAAGGGGGCCGAGGAGACGAGCAGUACAAGGUCCUCUUCCAGAAGAUCUUGCUAGAGCACUGCAGAAAACACAAGUACCUGGCCAAGAGCGGGGAGAACUUUGUCACCCUGGUAGUGCGGCUGCUGGAGAGACUGCUGGACUACAGGACCAUCAUGCACGACGAGAACAAGGAGAACCGCAUGAGCUGCACCGUCAACGUGUUGAACUUCUACAAGGAGAUUGAAAGGGAAGAGAUGUACAUCAGGUACCUGUACAAGCUGUGUGACCUGCACAAGGAGUGUGAUAACUACACCGAGGCUGCUUACACCCUCCUCCUCCACGCCAAGCUUCUCAAGUGGUCUGAAGAGGCCUGCGCAGCCCAUCUAACCCAGAGAGAAGGCUACCAGGCAGCUACGCAAGGACAACUGAAGGAUCAGCUCUACCAAGAGAUAAUCAAUUACUUUGACAAGGGCAAGAUGUGGGAAGAGGCCAUUAUUUUGGGGAAGGAGCUCGCCGAGCAGUACGAGAAUGAGAUGUUUGACUUCGAGCAGCUGAGCGCCUCAUUACGCAAGCAGGCCCAGUUCUAUGAGAACAUCGUGAAGGUGAUCAGGCCGAAGCCGGACUACUUCGCCGUGGGAUACUACGGCCUGGGCUUCCCCUCCUUCCUCAGGAACAAGAUGUUCAUCUACAGGGGGAAGGAGUACGAGCGCAGGGAGGACUUCGAGGCCCGGCUGCUCACCCAGUUCCCCAACGCGGAGAAAAUGAAGACCACCACCCCGCCCAGCGAAGACAUCAAGAACUCCGCCGCACAGUGUAUUCAGUGUUUUACAGUAAAGCCAAUCUUGGAGCUUCCGCCAAAGUUUCAGAACAAGCCGGUAUCCGAGCAAAUUGUGAGCUUUUACACCAUUAAUGAAGUCCACAAAUUCCAGUAUUCCAGACCAGUUAGGAAGGGUGAGAAGGACCCAGACAAUGAAUUUUCGAACAUGUGGAUCGAGAGGACCACUUACGCGACAGCCUACAAGCUGCCCGGAAUCCUGCGGUGGUUUGAAGUCGUGUCCUUCUCGACGGAGGAGAUCAGCCCACUAGAGAACGCCAUGGAGACCAUGCAGCUGACCAAUGAGAAAAUCAACAACAUGGUGCAGCGACACUUGAAUGACUCCAACCUUCCCAUCAACCCCCUCUCUAUGCUUUUGAAUGGCAUUGUGGAUCCAGCUGUAAUGGGUGGCUUCGCCAACUAUGAGAAGGCCUUCUUUACUGAGAAGUACUCGCAGGAGCACACUGAGGACCUGGACAAGAUUGAGAAGCUGAAGGACCUGAUCGCCUGGCAGAUCCCGUACCUGGCGGAGGGCGUGCGCAUCCACGGGGAGAAGGUGACGGAGGCGCUGAGGCCCUUCCACGAGAGACUGGAGGCCUGCUUCAAGCAGCUGCGCGAGAAGGUGGAGAAGCAGUAUGGAGUAAAGGCACUGCAGCCAGGCAUUGAUGAGAGGCGGGGUAUUCGUCCUCGCUCCAUGGUGCGCUCCUUCACCAUGCCCUCCUCCCAGAGACCCCUCUCCGUGGCCUCCGUCACCUCCAUCUCCUCCGACAACUCGCCCUCCAGACCGGGCUCUGACGGCUUUGCCCUGGAGCCCCUCCUGCCAAAGAAGCUGCACUGCAAGUCUCAGGACAAGCUGGACCGCGAGGAGCCGGAGCGAGAGAAGAAGGAGAGGAAGAAGGAGAAGAGGAACAGCAAGCACCAAGAGAUUUUCGACAAGGAGCUGAAGGCCGCCGAGAUCCCUCCGCAGCCCGCGGAGGCUGUGAUUCUGUCAGAGACGAUCAGCCCCCUCAGGCCCCAAAGACCAAAGAGUCAGGUGAUCAAUCUGCAGACAGGAGACCGCCGGCUCUCUGUGUCCCCGGGGCCCCCCACGCCCACUCCGGGGCCCCCUCCCAUCACCCCUCGAGUCAAGCUGUCCUUCAGCCUGCACACAGGCUCCAAUCUGGAGCUCAACGGCAUGGGCUGCCAGGAGAAAGGAGAGACCCCGCCCCCUCUGCCCGUAAAGUGCAGCAUGGGCGAUUACGGGAACCUGGUGGAUAAUCAAGACCUGACGACUCCUACUACGCCUCCCCCGCCCCCUCCGCAUCAAAGGCAUCUGCCACCCCCAUUGCCCAGCAAGACUCCACCCCCUCCCCCGCCCCCACCGAAGACAACGAGGAAGCAGACGUCCAUCGAUUCGGGAAUCGUACAAUGAACAAAGACAAGAGUACAAUGCGAAUAACCCACCUUCCCCCCCUCGCUCUCCCAAAAGUCAGAGCUGUGAUAUUUUAUUUCUGCUAUUCUUACCUCCACUCCCUCCACCCACUCACAGCUUGACGAGAUGAAUACCUCAUUCAGGCCUGCUCAAAUAUUUCUUGUUCUUUUUUUUGUUUUGUUUUUUUAAAUUCUUUCGGUGCGCUGAUGCUGCCUGCCGAAGGGAAUCUCUCCUCUAGCACAGAAUAUUAAUCGGGUCUCCAACUGCUGAGUCUUCCCUGUACAGCUCCGAACCUACAGUGCAGACGCAGUUCGAAAGGAGCUUUUACCAACUCUUUUUUACACACUGACCAAGAAGCUCGUGAGCAGUACAGAGACGGGGGUUGAUUGCUUUUGACUGAAUCGUAAUGUUCUGCUUGUGUUUUCCCCCAAGUGCCCAGUAUGUACAGAGGUUUGUAUAUAUGAUUUUAUGACCUUUUUGAACAGCAAAUUUUAUGAUGCAUUUUUUUUUUGUAUUAACACGGCAUUAGGUUAACUGGCAAACAUAUUCCAAAAAGGGCUUCUAGUGUUCUAAAUGACAGGGAUUGUAAAGAACUGGUAUGCAAGUGCCUUUACUACGGAUCUUAUUUAAUAAUGGGGUUUUGGAGUGUAUACAACUAACUCCGUUCGUAUUAGUACUGUAUAGGACUUGUAAUAGAUUGCUGUAACCAUGGACUUCAAUAAUAUUGACCAUUCCAAAUUCACUACUGACUUCUGAAUAAACUCUUAAAAAUGUAUGUAUUUUAAAAAAAUGAUUGUGCACUUUUUUCAGUUUGUAGAUUGUCAGUCUCAGUCUAAUAAAAGCCAGUGACACAGUC